AUGGCAGAAAAAUUGCAUCUUCCAUUUGAAUUUGACGAUAAUGAUGGGUUGGGUCCCUGGGACGUCAUAUUAAGUGAAGGUGCAAUUAAGGACAUAAGAAAAUUGAAGUCAUCGUCUGUAAUAAAAGCUGUUGUAAAAAAACUGGGGCAAAUAUCAUCGGGAGCUUGGGAUAAGCACAGACUUAGACGCACUUCCCCAUUACCCACUAUUAACCCUGUCUAUGAGGUGCUUCCUAAUAAUGACGGUCUGAAAAUUCUUUGGCAAGUUGACUGCGACUUUUCCACUCGUAGCCAUACGCUCACGCAACUUGUAAAAAUCUGGGCGAUUAGUGCAAGCAAUGAGCGGAUCAAAAAGACAUUGGAAAGUCUCGCGAUACUUCAUCUAGUUUAUACCGCCGAGCACAAUCGCCUUUGUGUAGUUCGGCGGGCGGGCAAAAAUGGCAUCAUUUUACCAUGCAUUAUUGAUGGUGACGAAGAGACAAAGUCUGUAACGGACAUACCCUGUGCAUCCAUGAUUAACAGGGAGAGCCUACUAGAGGUGCACAAAAUGCUCGUGACGAAUAAGUUUAUUCCAUUAUCGAAGAGCUUGUUUAAAUCCCUUAUUACAGGCGGUGCAGAGUUUACGUUUCAAGUAUCUAAAACCGAAUAUGAAAUUAUCCAAAACCGUACAUCAACUAUCAUCAUUGGUCGAUCUGGGACCGGAAAGACCACCUGUAUCGUGUUUCGUUUAGUUGCGUCAUGUUUGCCAAAAUACCCUAGUAACUUGCCGUCCGCACGUGGCGAUGAAGAAAAUUAUCGCAAGAAUCAGAUAUUCAUCACAAUGAGCCCCAACCUGUGUCUCCGGGUCAAGGAUUAUUUCAAUCGGCUGAAAGAUUCCGUGGAAUUGGCCGGAAAAAAACUUUCUGAAUCUCAGUUUUCUGAGUUUAUAAAGAAGAAAGAGGGUGGCGUCGACGUCACUACUAAUAGCACAAAGCACAAAGAUGGAGACAUUCCAAUGUCAUUCCGUCAAUUGACGGACGACCAUUUUCCAUUAUUUAUAACCUACGAUAUAUUUGCUCAAAUGCUGCAAGCGACGUAUGAAAUUGAUUUUCAAGAAUCGAUCACACGAUUAGAACUCGAAGAAGAUGAUGACGACGAGUUCUGCAGAGGGUCUUCCUUUACUAGGAAAUCUAAAGCAGCUUGGGUGCAUCACAUCGAUUUUAACCUCUUUCAGAAAAAGUAUUGGCCCCAUUUCAGCAGACAAGGGUUAGAUUGUUGGAUGGUAUUUUCCGAGAUUUCUGUCAUCAAGGGCACCAAUCCUGAGGGCGUCUUUUUGUCAAGGGAAGAAUAUCGAGACGUCAGCACGAAAAAAUACCCAGCUUUUCGCUAUAAUCGCGACUCAGUUUACGAUUUAUUUGAACAUUAUGAAAAGAUGAAGGCACGGUUUCAUGAUUAUGACUCUAUCGAUAGAACGAUAGCUAUUUUACGCCGUGCCAAAACAGAACAACUUGGUUGUUUGCAUGUUCAUGAAUUGUACAUAGAUGAAUGUCAGGAUAACAGCAUUGUGGAUUUCUCCCUCAUGCUAAAACUUUUCGAUCGUGCUGAAAGCGUUUUUUUGGCAGGAGAUAUAGCACAAUGCAUCGCACAAGGAUCUUCUUUUCGAUUUCAGGACAUACGCGCCUUGUUGUAUCAAUGGGAAAUUGACCGAAGACAAACAUAUCGUGAAUUAUACAAUGCAGUAAAACCAAAGCAAUUCGAAUUGAAUAUUAACUAUCGUUCACACGAUGGAAUCCUACAACUUGCGUCGUCGGUCAUCGAUCUCAUUUGGCAUUUUUUCCCCGAUUCUAUUGAUCGGUUAUCGUGUGAACGCGGUGAAGUGGGGGGCCCACUGCCUAAUGUCUUUAGUGGGUUCCAGGCGACCCCUUUCUUUUUAAAUGUUUUUUCAAAGGGGGAGGGGGAGGAUAAUAGAAUUGAAUUUGGAGCUGAACAAGUUAUUAUAGUCCGUGAUAAAACAGUUAAGCCCAAAGUAGAAAAGUUAAUUGGCGAUAGUGGAAUAGUGAUGACAGUGUUCGAGUCAAAGGGCAUGGAAUUUAACGAUGUAUUAUUGUAUAAUUUCUUCACAGACUCACCUGCGGGGUUGAAGUGGCGUAUGAUUCUUGCCGCACUCGAUAAUUCCUCUGAGGGAAUUCCAACGUAUACCCACGAAAAACAUUAUAUCCUUUCUUCAGAACUUAAACAUCUUUAUGUCGCGAUAACCAGAGCGCGGCAACGCAUUUGGAUAUGUGAUGAAAAUGCCGACCAGAGUGAGCCAAUACAAGAAUAUUGGGAACAGCGCGGAUUAAUAAAUAGGGUUCAAAAAGUGGACGAAAUCGACUUGCGGGUCCUCGCAAGGCAAAGUGACAGCUUUGAGUGGGAUGCGAAAGGAACGGAGUUUUUUGAACAAAAAAAGUUUGUCCAGGCUGCUUUCUGCUUUGGAAAAAGUGGAAAUAUAGUAAGUCAGGACUUGGCCAAUGCACAUUGUCUUUGGCAGGAAGCUAGGGAGCUUGCUAGGACCUCCAUAAAUGAUUCUAACGAGGACGCUGUAAGAGAGAAUUUUAAACGUGCAGCUGUUGCCUUUAAUGGCUGUAACAAACCGUCUGAGGAAGCUUCAUGCUAUGAGGAUAUUGAAAUGUUUAAAGAAGCUGGUGAUGUUUAUGCCAGAUGUGACAUGAACGACCUCGCUGCGAGCUGUUAUUGUCAGUCGCAUAUGUGGGACGAAGCAGGAAAACAGUUUGAAAAGGCGAAGAGAUACGUUAAAGCUGUUGAUACGUAUGAAAACGGUCGUCAUUAUUAUGCCAUAUUCGAAUUGACACGAAGGCACAAAGUAGAAUUGGACAAGAAGACGCUUAACGAUUUCAUAGCACGUGUCUAUAAACAUUAUCGUCAUAAGGAAACGAACAUGAGUGAAGAGGCGCUCUCCCUUAUUCCAACAAUAGUGGAACAAAUCGAGUUCCUAAAAGAGUAUGUGCCGGAAGAUCUUCUGGAUUUCUAUAUAAAGAAGGGCCUCUUUCACCUUGCUGCCGAAUACCAAUACUCGUUUGGUAAAUUGAAAGAGGCCUCGGAUUAUUUUAUCCAAUCGAAAAAUGACGAAGACAGUAUUAAAGCGUUGCGUUGUAUCCUGCAUCUGUGCAGUAUCAACGUACUGAGGGAGGCAAUGACGGAUAAUACAAGUUCAAAUGCUCGACAAAAGCUAUUGGAUUUACUUGACAAAACCAAGUUCACUAGAGGAAUUAAAUCACCACGAUUAAUGACGUCCCCACAGUGGACAAUUCUUCUGAAAGAAGUCCAAUUAUAUUCAGCUUAUUUGGAUCGAGACCUCGACAAAAUUUAUGAUUAUAUACAAUUCUUCAGAGCUCGCGAAAACUUUGCGAUCGAAUUUUGCGCGAUAAGUAUGUGGCUGAACGUUCCACAUGAUAAUAUUCAGGCUGAAUACUGGUGUAGACGAUUACAGCUUCUGCUGAGGCUGUCUGAGUUGACCGUUCGUUUUGUAAAUACUGAUCGACAAGAAAAAGAUUGUACGGUUUUCGAGUAUGUUUUUUCUGUAAGCAAACUGAAAGAUCGCCCAUUGAAGCGACAAAUUUUUUCUCAGAAUCUACUUGUAGACAGAUUACAGGCCAAAAAGAGAGAAGAUCUGGGUGAUUGGCAUAUUUAUCAUAAAAAUGACAUAGAUCGAGCAAUGGCACAGUCUCUUGCUAAUUAUGUCUAUGAGCUCAUCCGGCAAGCUAGCAAUAAGGGUAAAGAAAUUCCGAUUAUAGGUCCUUAUAUCUGCUACCAAUCAUGUCUAAACCCAGAUGGCGAAACGCACCAUGCGAAACCGGGGCAAUCAGUUUUAUACGAUCGUCUGACGCUAUCAUAUUCUCAGUACACCGUAGCCAGACAAUUACGAGAAUUGCGAAAGCUAGACGAAGUUUAUAAUUACGAACUUCUCGAUAAGCGACAAGCUGGUUACCAAAAGUGGUGGGCUGAGUAUCUAGUUAAACUUCAUGUUCGCCUUCAGUCGCCACAGACAGGUUAUCCAAUGGUUGUCCAGAAGAUAGUUGACAGACAACCUGAUUAUAUACGCAAGGAUUUUAUUGAUUUUGUCUAUAAUAAGUUGCUAUGGCGAGGGAAUGAGUUCAAGAUAAAUGACUUUGCCGGCAUGUUAAAAUACAUGUUUCUUUAUCAGCAGUUACGGAAAAAAGGAGAUUUUGACAAGUUCCAUCGAGAAGUGUCAAAAAGGCCUUUAGUCAGUAGCGAUCCUCCAAUUGGAUUUAUCUGUUACGAAGGCGAACUUAUCACAGUUGGGAAGCUGCUCUCCCUGGUUUUCUUCGAUCUAGAAAAGGACAAAGGAAUACUUGCAAUUAGACAUGCAAAUGCAUUUAUCCGUUAUGCCAUAGACAACACCGACAAAGUAAACCUUAUUAUGCCCGAUUCACUUAAAGACCUCAUGUCUCUUGGUGAUCUUACGUCUCUUGUAGAGUUGACGGCUUCUUUGGUGUUUGCUUCGAAGCCCGGAUGUUGCGAUUUUUGCAUUCCUCUAGGCCAUUUGAUUAAUUAUUACAAGAAGUUCAACGUCAAUGUACUCUUUCCGUACAAAUAUACCAAACAGGAAAGCAUUGACGAAUACUACAAGGAGCUCGAUGACUCACUUGAUCAAGCUCGAUGGCUUCUCUCUAAAUUAUUUAAUAUAGUCCAGAUUUAUUGGCCAGUUAUCUCUUUGCCGAAAAUUUCACAGAUCAUUCUUCGAUUGAUACGGCUUCUGGUAUUAAUCGCGAUCAACGAGUCCGAUUUGAAGGAGAAAGUCUUUGAUUGUUUUAAUGAUCUGAGCGAACAACCUCAUUCCGUGAGGUAUAAGGACUACCUGAAGGAACGAAAUAUAGAACGUCUUAUGCAAAUUCUGUACGAUGACCUCAAUAAGACAAGUAGCGAUUCCCUGGUUGUUGUGUAUUACGAUACUGGAGACUCCUCGAGACAUAAGAAUUUAGAUGCUCUGAUGCUUAAGUAUAAAACUACAGAGGAAUUUCAUUCUUCCCUCGAACGGAUCAUAUUCUCAGUAGUUAGUGGGAAACGGCCAGUUACUGGUUGCGAUCAAUGUCUAUCGCACAGACUCGAAUGUUCUAGCCGCGCUAGCGAACCAACACCCGCCGUUAAUCCACAGUCUUCCGGAAUGGCCGCGAUUGAAAAUGAAAGUUCGUUUUAA